GUUGUGCUAAGAAACAUGUCCGCCGAGAGACAUGGACAGGUGAUCCCUUUGGCUGCAGCGGACGAUGCAAGUCUUCAGUCCAUCUUCGACUCCUUCUCUGCAGAUACCCUCACUGACGCGUCGAGCCAUCUGCACCGCGCGGCUGGCAAGGGGCGCCGGCAAGUCGUGGAGAUGCUCCUGGAGGAGGGCGGGGAGGUCAACGCCAAGGAUGGGUCGGACUCAAGCCCCUUGCACUGGGCUGCUGGAGGAGGCCACGACGCGGUUGUGGAGCUGCUCCUCUCGAAGGGCGCGCGCGUGAACGCCAGAAAUCGCUUUGGACAGAGGGCCAUACACUACGCAGCCUACUUCGGGCACCUGACGACGCUGGAAGUCCUUCAGGAUGGAGGAGCUGAUGUGGAUGUCAAGGAUGAUAACGGGGACACGCCUCUCCACCUCGCAGCCUCCCAAGGGCGUCUUCUCGCUUUGUUCACGCUGGUGAAACGCGGGGCUUCCACAAGCAAGAGUAACAAGAGAGGAAAGACUCCGAAGGACAUGAUGAAGAGACCCUCCGGUAGAGACGACCGUAGCAUGCAACUUUUCCGAAGAGUCUCAAUGAGUGGUGUAAUGGAGAAGUGGACUGAAGUCGAGAAGGAACUGAUUAAGCUGCAAAGAGAAAAUAAGAAGUUGCAGGAUCGUCUGGAGAAUAAAACGAGAUAUAUUCGAGAACUGAACACAAGGUUAAGACAGAUGGAAGAUCAGAUUGCUCGGGCUGAUCCAUCUUUUUCUUUCCGAAAUAAGAAAAAUGCAAAAGAGGGGCGAGCCUCUGCAAGCAGCUGGUAGGGACAGGCCUCGGGGAGAAGCAACAAGCAGUGACGAGUCUCUGCAAGCAUCAGGGUGGAAUGAGGCCGUGCGAUCAGCAGGCAGGAGGGGCGAAUCUCUGCAAGGAGCUGGAGAAGCAACAAACAGUGACGAGUCUCUGCAAGCUACAGGGUGGAAUGAGUCUCUGCGAGCAACAGGCAGGAAGGGUGAUCCUCUACAAAGCAGUGACGAGUCUCUACAAGCAGCAGGCAGGUGGUACAAGUCUCCACUGGCACCUAGCAGAGACAGGAUUCGGGGAGAAGCAACAGGUCGUAAUGAGUCUGUGCGAGCAACAGGCAGGAGGGAUGAGUCUGUGCAAGCAACAGGCAAGAGGGGCGAGUAUGUGCAAGCAGCAGACAGGAGGGAUGAGUCUGUGCAAGCAACAGGCAAGAGGGGGGAGUUCGUGCAAGCAGCAGGCAUGAGGGAUGAGUCUGUGCAAGCAGUAGGCAGGAGGAAUGAGUCUGUGCAAGGAGAAGGCAGGAGGAAUGAGUCUAUGCGAGCAACAGGCAGGAGGAAUGAGUCUGUGCAAGCAGCAGGCAGGAGGGAUGAGUCUGUGCAAGCAGCAGGCAGGAGGGAAGAGUCUGUACAAGCAGCAGGCAGGAGGGACGAGUCAAGAAAAAAGGGUUUCUUUGAGCGAAAUAGCACAGACUGUACAAUUUCAGUAUGCACAGAUUUUUAGUUACAUUUUGAGACAACUGAGGUUGAAGUCUACGCGAGGUUACCCUGUCAAGCAGACGUAAUUCCAACCACCUGUUUCAGUUGGCUUUACUUAGUGAAGAGGAUCAUUCAUUCUCUCUCUCUCGCUCUCCCUCUCUCUCUCUCUAAUUAUCUAUCUAUCUAUGUCUAUCUAUAUCUCUAUCUCACUCACUUACUCACUCACUCAUUCACUC